AUGUCCGCUCCAGACUGUGCCGCCGAUGACACCCCUGCUAACUCGCGGGUAGUUGAUCUCUCUACGGGACCUCUCCCUAUUGGAAGAGCAUCCGCCCGGGAUGGCGGGCGCAGUGCCAAACUUAACAAUUUGUACAUUCGCAAUUCACAUCUCUCCAAGAUCCAUGCCCGUGUGUGGGUCGAGGAUGGUGCCGUGUACUUGGAAGACGUUGGAUCCACGUUUGGCACCAUCUGGAACAACAACUUGCUUGUUCCCGACAAGCCAGUGGCGAUUUAUACGGGCGACUCUAUUGGUUUUGUGGUGAAUCGCCCAUCAGAUGUGCUCAAGAACUUGAUUUCUAAGACCCUGAAUGGUCCCAUGGUGCUGUUAGACAAAUUGUUGAAUCCCCGCGUGCAGUUGCAAUAUGUGGUGCACAGCGUAGACUUGGAUAAGCGCAUCUUGGUGUUGCUGCCUGUGAAUGAUACCACUGCAGAUGCCUCAGUGGACUUAGUUGUGGACGGAAACGACUUUGAGGUCACCCCAGAUGUGGUUCCUCAAGUUGUGAAUGUUCUGGCUGCUGACUCCGAUGACGACGCUCCUGUUGAAGAGCCAAUUGUCAAGGAUUCCUUUCACUACGACAAGACUCAGGAUGUAGAGUUUAUUGAUGAUGAGAGCGGCGACGAGUGCAUUGUUGUGGUGGAGAAUGCUGACCAAAUCGAUUCGUACUCGGACGAUUUGGAUGAGCAUGACGAUUCUGAAGUUGAGGAUGCAGACGAUUACUGUUGCGAGUGCAAUGAAGAUUAUGACUAUGCAUAUGAACUAGCAGAUGAGGAUGACUUGGUCCAGCGUACCUCUUGCCACUUGGUUGUGCCAACAGAGGAGUCUGAGGACGACAGUGAUUACGACGAAGAAACUGAUGACAAUGAACUGAGCGAACUGGAUUCUUCCCACGGAGAGAUUUUGAUUGUUAAUGCCUCACUGGGAAUCAAAGACUGCUGUGUUCCAAAAGUUGAUGCAGUGUUGGAUGAGACAUUCUCAUCGGAAUCUGACGAUGACACUUUCGACCCUCUGCAGCAUGAUAACGAGAAUUGCGACUGUUCUGAUGACUUUUCUGAUGAAAAUGACUCUGAAGUGGAGACUCCGAACUCGUGCUCAGAGUCUGAGUGUAUUUUCAACUCCUUCCACUACUCGGAUGACGACACUGUUUCUGAGAAUGAAGCAUCUGCCUGUGAAUGCUGCGAGGCUAAUUCAAAAUGCCAGCUGUUCCUUCCUUUGAUGAUGGCAUGUCCAACAACAACUUUUGAGGUAAGCAGGAAAAGAAGCUACGAUGAUGCAGAGUUGGAGGACAUUGAUGAUGAGAAGUUAGUAAAGAAGGUCAAGAAAUCACAGCCAUCGAUGCUCCGCACCGUAUUGAAGGAGGUCGGAAAGGGAUUGUUUUAUGUAACAGGAACAAUCAUUGCAUUGGCUGCUUACGGUAAGCAAUUAGAUAACCAAUGA